AUGGAUGGGGUUUUAAUGGUUAAUGAAAUUCUAGAUUGGGCUAAAAGGAAGAAGAAGGGGUGCUUAUUACUCAAAGUGGAUUUUGAAAAAGCGUAUGACUCGAUUUCUUGGAAUUACCUUAGGUGGAUUUUGGCGAAAAUGGGAUUUGGCAAAAGAUGGAUGAAAUGGAUGGAGUCUUGUGUUUUUUCUAGCUAUAUGUCCGUGUUGGUUAACGGAAGUGCAACAAAAGACUUCAAGGUUCAAAGAGGAUUACGUCAAGGAGACCCCAUGUCACCUUUCUUAUUCGUUCUAGCCAUGGAAGGUUUAACCGCCUUAACUAAGAAUUCGGUGGAGGUGGGAGAUUUCAAACCGUUCAAGUAUGGAGAAAAUGAUUUUGUGGACAUCCUUCAAUUUGCGGAUGAUACCAAUAUUCUAGAAGAACCCACUUAUGAUAAUCUAUGGAGCUUGAAAGUGUUGUUGAGAGGUUUUGAAUUUGUUUCCGGAUUGAAAAUCAACUUCUACAAAAGCAACUUCUUUGGAACUCACAUAGGAGAGUGGUUUUUCAAGUCGGCCACAACGUUUAUAGCUUGA